AUGCGCGCCUCACCGCUGCAAAUCGUCUUGAGCGCCCUCCUGGCCCAUCCGGCCUUCGCAGCUCGCAAGAACGUAAUCGUAGACACCGACAUCUUCAGUGAUUGCGAUGACACCGGCGCGCUCCUCCUCGCCGCGACCUCCCCCGAGAUCAACCUCCUCGGCGUGAACGUCAACUAUCCCUCAACCUACUCCGUCACCGCCACCUCCGCCAUCCUCGCGCACUACAACCGGUCCUCCGUCCCCAUCGGCGCGCGCCGCCCGCUCGCCGACGAGAGCUUCUUCGACACCUUCGCCUACGACCUCGGCGAGUACGCGAGCAAGAUCUCGUACCACUUCUCCGGCGGCGCGCUGCCCUUCGGCCGGGCCGAGGACGCCUGGGACGCCGUCUCGCUGUACCGCAAGAUCCUGGCCGAGGCCGAGGAGCCCGUGACCAUCGCCUCGAUCGGGUUCUUCGAGAAUUUGUCGGGGCUGUUGAACUCCACCGCCGACAGGUACUCCAACCUCACCGGCCCGCAGCUGAUCGAGAAGAAAGUGUCCGAGUUGGUCGUGAUGGGCGGCGGGUACCCCUCCGGCCGGGAGUUUAACUUCUUCGGGGACAACCCGCUGGCUACCGCGCACGUUGUGAAUAACUGGAAGGGCCGGGUCGUGUACUGCGGGACUGAGGUUGGCGGGACGGUGCUGUCCGGGGCGAAGUUGCUCGCCGAGGCUCCGGCGACGGAUCCGGUAAGGCAGGCGUAUAUCUACUACAACUUCUACCGGCCGCGGGAGUCGUGGGAUCCUCUCACGGUCUUGUACGCCAUCCAGGGUUUGGGGGAUGUAUUCGAGUUCGGCAAUGAGUACGGCUACAAUUACGUCUAUGCGAAUGGGUCGAAUGAGUGGGUUUAUGACAAGAACGUUACGAACCAGUUCUGGCUGAACUUGAAGGUGGACAACGUCACGGCUGCGGAUGCCCUUGAUGAGCUCUAUGUCCAGGGAGCACUGUCAGCAGCGAACGGAACUCUGGUAUAA